ACCUUCAGUCUUCACCAAGCUGAAAGAAGGGAUUCCCUUGUACCCCCCAGUAAUGCUGCUUAUAUUUGGGGUGCUCCUCCCCUAGGAUAUACCAUUACUGGCCCGGGUUAAAAACAAGUGCUUCAGAUAUUUAAAUAUAUUUACAUGCAACAGUAAAUAAUUCAUGUUCUUCCUUACUGAUCAAAUUUACAUUCAUGACGUCAUUAAUAUUCAUUUACAACUGAGUGUACACUUCUUAAUCAGUUUUACUCUUCUUGCAGGUUUUGUCCUUCCCUCCUCUUCUACAGGAUGGACUCACCCAGGUCAACCAGAACGGGGAUAUCUCUACCUAGUAUCACAGCAUAUGGGGAGUUCUGUACUACUCCUACAUUUACCAGGUUUUGUCCUUCCCUCCUCUUCUACAGAGGAUGGACUCACCCAGGCACCAGAUCUUGGAACAGAUCUUAAGCUGAAACUGUACCAGUACAAGACCUGCCCAUUCUGCAGUAAAGUGCGAGUGUUCUUAGACUACCAUGGCAUCCCAUAUGAAACUGUGGAGGUUAAUCCCGUUAUGCGACAAGAAAUCAAGUGGUCUGGUUACAGAAAAGUUCCCAUCCUGAUGGUGAAUGGAACUGUUCAACUCAAUGACUCAUCUGUCAUUAUUAGUGCUUUGAUGACCUAUCUCAUGAGCAAAGAGAAGAUGAUUCCUCAGAUUCUUGCCUGUUAUCCUGAAAUGAAGGCAAAAAAUGAGCAUGGAAAAGAGGUCAUAGAGUUUGGCAACAAGUACUGGGUGAUGGUGAAUGACCAUGAAUAUCCAGAAAAGGAUUCCAGAAAAGAGGAAAUAAAGUGGCGUAAAUGGGUAGAUGAUUGGCUUGUGCACCUUAUUUCUCCUAAUGUCUACCGUACACCUGGGGAGGCUCUGGCUUCAUUUGACUACAUAGUUCGGGAAGGGAAGUUUGGCAGAUUUGAAGGAUUUUUUGCAAAGUAUGUUGGAGCAGCUGCAAUGUGGAUCAUCUCAAAAAGGCUCAGAAAUAGACACAACCUGCAGGAGGAUGUGAGACAGGACCUCUACAAGGCUGUCAAUGACUGGAUGGCAGCUGUUGGAAAGAAGAAGUUCAUGGGAGGAGAUAGUCCCAACCUUGCAGAUCUGGCAGUGUUUGGUGUUCUGAGGGUUAUGGAAGGUCUUCAGGCUUUCAACGACAUGAUGGAGAACACCAAAGUUAAGAACUGGUACAGACGUAUGGAGAACGUUGUGCACAAUCACAAUCAUUCUGAAUAAAGAAUUUCACAUCCUUCUUAAACGGUUCCCUGUCAGAAACGUUAAAGGUGUCUUAUGUCAGUCCAAUCAGAAAUGCAGUGUAAUAAAGUAAUGGACAGUAAGCUAAACUGAACACAAUUUCUCCUGGAUUAAAAAAGUUUUUGUAGUUUUCUCUAUGAUUUUUCCUGUUAAAUUACAGUUUAGUUAGUGAACUUUGCCUCAGAUGACAUCUCUUUUACGCUUCCCCAACCUUACACUGUCAGUAGCAGUAAUAUACUAAACUGUAAAUGCUGUUUGUUUGUUUUUUGCAUUACUUUUGCUGAUGAUUUGACACAAGUUGCCAAGUGUUAUUUGUGCUUGGAGCUAUAUGGGCAGAGGAUUACAUGCCUAGGAAACUGGGUCAUGAAUCGCCAUGCUGAUACAUGUUGAUUCAGACUUAAUUGUAAGAAAUAAUUUUGGCCAGUGUGUAAUUUUAAUUUGUCUUUAUGGGGAAAGAUACAAAAUACAAGUAUGAUUGAUAGAGAUGAGCAUAUGAAUCCUUAGCAACCGUUUGAAUAAGGAUAGUAUGUUUUGUCUCUUGAUCACAAAAAUAAAAAAUUGUUAUAAACUGAGAA